AUGGCUCUCAAGAUCUGUACUUCUUCAUUUGCUUCUGUGCCAAUGCCACCACCCACAGUACUAUCUAUCUGCCUUGUCUGUUCCUGACAAAACCUAAUUAAGGCAGCAUCCUGGGGGAUGCUGCUCCUGAGUGCCCUGGGGGUGCUCUACUGGCAGCUUGUGCUUCUAUUAAAGUGGUACUGGAACUACUCAGUCACCAUGGCAGUGUCCAUGCAUGAGUGUAAACUCUUCCCAUCUGUCACUCUAUGUGACAUGAAUGCACAUAGUCACAUAGUGCUGGAUCACCCUGUUCCGUGUCAUAGGGAACCCUAUAAUGAUCUACCCAGGAAUACUGACCCUGCCUCCAGGCCAAAUGUCAUGCACCAACAUCUGGAAGCACUUGAUGCAUUUUCCUGGGAGAGCGUCUAUGCUCUCUACAAGUUCAAAUUUAUUGAAGGCUGGGACACCCCCUUUUAUGAAAUCCCCAGCCAUAAAUCCACUUCUAGCUGGAUCAUGGGAUUCAUUUGCACCAUUCAUAACAGUAUUGGUGGCAACUGCUUCUAUUGUGCCUACCCGUCAGCUGUGCCAGCUGCUCAGGAAUGAUAUCGCUUCCACUACUUGGUCAUCUUGGCCCUACUCCUCACUGCCUGGGAGGACAGUCACCAAAGUCCUGGUGACUACUUUGCUGUGCCCCCUCAAGGCAUACAUGACAGGGUAGAAGGUGACAAGUAUCUAAACAUGGCCUUGGGUUUCUGGCACAUCCAGAAGUUCCACCAUAGGACCUAUGGUAACUGCUAUACCUUUAAGGGUGUCUGUUCACAGAGUCCUGGCAUCGCCAAUGGGAUCAGCCUAGUCCUCAGGGCUAAAAGGCAAGAUCAUCUCCCUCUUUUGUCCUUGGAGGCUGGACUCAAGGUCAUGGUUCAUAGGUAUGACCACACACCCUGUCAUCUCCUUUGGGAUUGCUGGGGGUCUCUAAGGCAGUCACUCCUAAUGGGCCUUCUCCACAACUCGUCAGGUCACGGCUUCUACCGAUUCUACCAGGACCUGGAAACCCACCAGCUUUCUUGUCUUUCCUACUGCCCCAGCCCUUGCAAGCAAGAGGGGACAAUAGGGUUGGGAGUCAGGCAUCAGUUCCCCCAGAGAGCACUACAGGAUGACUGGUGGUCCUGUCUCUCCCAGGGUGUCUUUGUACAAAUUCUUUGCAGGGACCUCCAGGUAGCCUUCAGCCAAGUCUACUGUGAGUCUCACAGAGCAGGUGGAAGUGGUGCUCCUCACAUCCCACUGUACUAUUGGGGUAGGGAGAGUGUGACCAUGCAAGCCUCUGUGCAAGACUGGAUCGUGGCUCUGGAGCAGGAGCCAGAGGUGGGUACACCCCCAGGGACACAUCCUGUCUCUCCUCUGCCAACCCCCUUAUACUUCUGUCCCUACCCUAGAAGCAAUGUGUCCAAGAUGAAAAUUCUAAAUCAGGAGUUUAAUUACCAUAUUGUGGAUGAGGCAACAGUAUACUCUGAGGAGUGCUGUUGUGCCAUGAGCAGCCUCUGGAGACUGUGGUUCGGCUCAUCUAUCCUGUCUGUGCUGGAGCUGCUACUGGAUGUCACUACCCUUGCCCUGCUGCUGCUGGGUUUUCACUGUCUCUGCUGAGGGAAGGUGUCCUGGCUGGGAGUCAAUACUGCUUCAGGGCAGUCCCAUACCACAUCAGAGGCCAGCCAGAGCCCUCCACCCCAAGCUUCAGGGGAUGAUGCUAGAGGUCCAGCAGGAGAUAACUCCACACAGAUACUCCCAGGGUCUUUGGAGGAAGUUUCAGUGUAAGAAUUGGGCUAAACUCCAGGCCCUUGAGAUUUUGUUUGCUUGUUUGUUUUUCAAGAGAGGGUUUCUUUGUAGCCCUGGCUAUCCUGGUACUUAUUCUGUGUAGACCAAGCUGACCUCGAACUCAGUGAUCCUCCUGUCUCUGCCUCCCAAGUGCUAGGAUUAAAGGUGUGUGCCCGCCAUUGCCCGGUUGUUUGGUUUUUUGUUUGUUUGCUUGUUUUUUGGUUUUUUUUUGUUGUUGUUGUUAUUUUUGAGAGAGAGUUUCUCCGUGUAGUCCUGGAGCUUGCUAUAUAGACCAGACUGGCCUCAAACUCAGAGAUUCUCCUGCCUCUGCCUCCAAAGUACUGGGAUUAAAGGCAUGCACCACCAUCCCCGGCACUCCCUUGAGAUCUUGACAACUGAAGUAACCCCAAUAGGUCCCUCAGCCUAAUGUUGGGAGCUGUAGUAGCAGUGGGCUCCCUAGUUGCCCAGAGUGUGCCAGACUAGCUAUCUGAGAGCCCAGAAAGCAGUACCAACCAUCUGACCCAUGCAGAAACCAAGUAUAUCCAACACACCAGGGACUCUCUACCCACCUAUCCCACCAGGUAGUGGCCUCUUGGGUUGAGGGGAUCCCAAGACAUGGCUGAGAAGUAUCCUGGGACUCUCUAGACUCCUGAACUC